UAUAUUUUCUCUAUGGUCCCUGUACUUUGCCCCUCUUCUUACAGAUUUGCUGGUCCACACCCGUCGCUCUCUCCUCUGUUGUUGAUAGAAAGAGAGAGAGAUUUCAGCAAGAGAGAGAGAGAGAGAGAGAGAGGGAUUCUUCUUGGGAGUAUCUCUUAGGGAGAGAGAGAGAUUACGGAUUCUUCCAAGUAGAGGGAAGAAGAAACUCCCGAGUGAUCCAUACAAAUAGAGACGCAAUAAGAGAACUUGAGUAAUGAAAAAGGGAUCGUAAUGGAGAAAAUCAGAGGCCCCAUAAAGGAGGGUGGUGGUUAUGUGAGCAGUUCUCUGGCCGUUGGAGGUGGAAUGAGUUAUGGCUACUCUAGUUUUAAGGGAAAAAGGCCAUCAAUGGAGGACUUUUACGAAACAAGGGUUGCUGAGGUUAAUGGUCAGAUGGUUGCAUAUUUUGCUGUUUAUGAUGGUCAUGGAGGUUCACGAGCUGCAGAAUACAUCAAACAAAACCUCUUCAAUAACUUAAUCAGCCAUCCAGAUUUUGUUUCCAACACAAAAUCAGCUAUCAUUGAAGCCUUUAAGAAAACAGAUAAUGAUUACCUUAAAGAAGAAAAAGAUUAUCAAAGAGAUGCUGGUUCAACUGCGUCAACAGCUGUCUUGUUGGGCGAUCGCCUAUUUGUUGCAAAUGUGGGAGAUUCUAGAGUGGUUGCAUGUCGUGCUGGUACAGGGGCUGUCACUUGGUGUGAUGGUAAAAGGCUCGGGUAGCCAGCGCAAGAGCGUGGGUUGGAGUCCUGAGAGCGACCAGUUUGUGCAUAAAAAGCCAAAGAUCAAUGUUCAAGAAGGCAGAUGCGGCCGCCUAGGCGAUCGGGGGUCCAGGCGCCUAGACACAAAGGCAGCCUGCAUUGGGGAAGGGGCAGAUCCUUGCGGAUUGUUGGUAAUGCCAUUGUCUAUUGAUCACAAACCUGAUAGAUUUGAUGAACGCCGUCGGAUUGAAGAUGCUGGAGGGUUCAUUAUUUGGGCAGGAACAUGGCGUGUUGGUGGUGUACUUGCUGUUUCUCGUGCAUUUGGCGACAGGUUACUUAAGCAGUAUGUUGUUGCUGAACCAGAAAUACAGGAGAGAGAAAUUGAUGAUGUGGAUUUUCUAAUUCUUGCAAGUGAUGGCAUCUGGAAUGUCAUACCAAAUGAGGAUGCUGUAGCAAUGGUGCAGGGUAUAUCAGAUGCAGCGACAGCUGCAAGAAAACUCACGGAAGAAGCAUAUGCACGAGGCAGUGCUGACAACAUUACAUGUCUCAUAGUUCAAUUCAACCAUCCAUGAGAUAACUUAGGAAAAAUUCUUUCGGUUGGUGUCCCACCAGACUAGGUCAUGCUUGUCUUUUGAUGUGAUAAAUUUUGAGGAAACAUUAUACCAAUAAUGGCAUUUUUAAUUUCAAACUCUGUGCUAGCAGCUCAUGAAGCGUCUGACGUCAAACAAGAGGGACUUGAGGUUUGUUCCUCUGUUCACUUUCAGACAGCUCCUCAACCAGCCGAUGUUAACAACGGAAGGUUGAGGUGCGUCAUUACUCUACAGUGGGUGGUUGAGAAGCUGCUAGCAUAACGUGCAAAACCCAAAUGCAAUCAUAGGAGCAUCCAUUAAAAGAAGUAUUAUAUUUAAUACUAACGGUUAGGCUGUAACAUAGAGUUGAAGAGUUUGCGACUUCUUAGGCGGAAUUUGCAGAGGUAUGUGAAAUCAGAACAAUGGGAGGUGGAUCUAUCUUCAGUUUUUGGAGCUCAUGCCCUUUAGCUUGUUAUAUUUAUUGUCUGGCAGUACCUGGUUCAGAAUUGAUGGCCAUAGGGUGUUAACAGUCUUUUAUUUCUUGGUGCAAAACAAAAGCAAAAUGUUUCCUUUCUGUAAAUAUUUGUGUAUGGAAAGUAGUGCGUUGAGCUUCAGCAAUCA